UAAAGACAUAAACCUGCCAUCGUAGAAACAGCAAAACUUGGACAAGCUUUUUUAAUUUUGUCCUGAGUGAAAGCAAAAAGUGAACCGAGAAGUGUGUCUCCUUGUUUUUAUAUCUCAUUGUGCUCCUUUUGAUAACUCACCUUAGGAAUGAAGCCACCAUUAUGUCCUCAGUCAGUGAAGUAAAUGUUGAUAUCAAAGAUUUCCUAAUGAGUAUCAAUUUGGAGCAGUAUCUCUUACAUUUCCACAAGUUUGGCUUUCAUACUGUGAAGGCCUGUGCUGCGAUUGAUGAUAGUGUGCUACUCAAAAUUGGAAUAUCACCCACGGGACAUCGCAGGAGAAUACUGAAACAGUUACAGAUGAUCUUGUCAAAGAUGCCGGAUAUCCCAGUUUAUGCGAAUGUUCAUAAAACAAAGAAGAAUGACGACUCUUCCAAGGAUUGUCGUGUUCCAUCUUCUGCUCAGAACGUUGGUCGAGAAAUCUCCAACUCUCAUAGUGUUCACCCACAUAGCUCAACGCAGUUGGAGGCUGUUACCAAAAGUCUUGAGCAAAAUGAAAUUACUAUGGGAAAGAGCCAGUCUCUUAAGUCAGACGGUAAGCUGUCACUUCCUCAACAUGAGUUUCCCAUUCCAGAUCAAGAACUGCACCCGAAUUUGGAUUCUUCUCAGGAUUCUGUGUUUGGUAGUGAAAAGAUUAAAUCAGCAUCUUUGAUGGCAAAGAAGGUUGUGGAUUGUGCAACUGAACAGCAGGAAGCGGAAAAAGCUGAGCUGAUGUUGGACACUAUCCAAAAGCUGCCUACUAUGGACUCGGAGUGUCUUUCUCCCCUUGGCUCCUCAGCAUCAGACACAAAUUCUGUAAAUGGAUCCAAUGGUGUAUUAGAACCAUCCACACCAUACCCAUUCUUUCAAUUUCAAGGGGAAAUGGUUAUAAAUGAUUUGUACAUACCAUCAUCGCCAAGUUUGGCACCCAUGAGAAGUCGCAGUAAGUUGGUUUCAAGACCGUCUCGCUCUUUUCUGUUAAGGCAUCGGCCUGUACCAGAGAUUCCAGGGCCAACAAAAGGAGCUUCAGGGAGCUGCUUCCGUGACAGAAGAAAUAUUGCUACCUCACCUGGAAAGUCUGCCACACAGCAGAAAAAUUUAAAUGAGGAGAAUUCAUCUUCCAUCUUUCCUUAUGGAGAGACCUUUCUCUCUCAGGGACUGGAACAUUCCAAGAAGAGAUGUGUGAAAAAUGAGUUUUGGGUCCAUGAAGAAACACUCAAAGGGGAGACAAGUACUGCGGGGAACUCUGUAUGCAUCAAAUCAAGCAUAUAUGAUAACAGGAAGGAGAAUACAAAUGAAGUUAAAGUGGAAGACAUUUGGAUACCUCGAGAGGACAAAAGCAAGCCUUCGGCAGAGCCUGCUUCCGAAUCAGAAUACUCAACAGUGGAAGAAUGUUUUCAGAGUUUAAGAAGAAAAAAUUCAAAGGCAUCAAAACUGAGGACGCAAAAAUCACUGAAUGUGGACCCAGUUAAUAGGCACAGUUACCCAUUAAGCUCAACAAGUGGAAAUACGGAUUCAUCAGCCAUUUCCUCCAACGCCAUAUCUCCCUAUGCUUGCUUUUAUGGUACAUCUGCCAGGAAGGUGAAAUCCGGGUGGCUGGAUAAGCUCUCCCCGCAAGGAAAACGCAUGUUUCAGAAGAGAUGGGUGAAAUUUGAUGGCCUUAGCAUUUCUUACUACAACAAUGAAAGGGAGAUGUAUUCAAAGGGAAUAAUUCCCCUGUCUGCCAUAUCAACAGUACGCGUUCAAGGUGACAACAAAUUUGAAGUUGUUACAACACAGAGAACUUUUGUCUUCAGAGUGGAAAAAGAAGAGGAGAGGAAUGACUGGAUCAGUGUACUGUUAAAUGCACUGAAAACACAGUCCCUUACUUCGCAGUCUCAAGCAGUCGUUGCACCUGAGAAAUGUGGAUAUCUUGAAUUGAGAGGCUACAAAGCCAAAAUUUUUACUGUGUUAAGGGGAAACAGCGUGCUGCUAUGCAAAAAUGAACAGGAUUUUAAGAGUGGACUGGGCAUUACUGUCAUUCCUAUGAAUGUGGCAAAUGUAAAACAAGUGGACAAAACUGUAAAACAAUCAUUUGAGAUAAUCACUCCCUAUAGGAGUUUUAGCUUUACAGCUGAGUCUGAACAAGAGAAACAGGACUGGAUUGAAGCUGUGCAGCAAUCAAUAGCAGAAACUCUUUCUGAUUAUGAAGUAGCCGAGAAGAUCUGGUUCAAUGAGUCCAACAGGAGCUGUGCAGAUUGCAAGGCUCCAGAUCCCGACUGGGCAUCCAUCAAUCUCUGUGUUGUCAUCUGUAAGAAGUGUGCAGGACAACAUAGAUCCUUGGGACCGAAAGAUUCUAAGGUGAGAAGUCUAAAAAUGGAUGCCAGCAUUUGGAGCAAUGAACUCAUAGAGCUUUUUAUCAUCAUUGGAAACAAAAGAGCAAAUGAUUUUUGGGCUGGUAAUCUUCAAAAGGAUGAAGAAUUACACAUGGAUUCACCAGUGGAAAAGAGAAAAAACUUCAUUAUUCAGAAAUACAAAGAAGGCAAAUUCAGAAGGACCCUUUUGGCAUCUCUCACUAAAGAAGAAUUAAAUAAGGCUCUCUGUGCUGCUGUUGUGAAACCUGAUGUUCUGGAAACGAUGGCCUUGCUGUUCAGUGGAGCAGACGUCAUGUGCGCAACUGGAGACCCUGUGCACAGCACUCCGUAUUUGCUGGCCAAGAAAGCUGGGCAGAGUCUGCAGAUGGAAUUUCUUUACCACAACAAAUUCUCAGAUUUCCCCCAACAUGACAUUCAUUCUGAGAGUGGAUUAAGUCAGGAGGCCUCCCAGUCCACGUUCCUUUGUGACUUUCUGUAUCAAGCUCCUACUGCGGCUUCUAAACUGGCUUCCGAGAAAAAACUGCUGGAAGAGACGAGUAAGAAGUGGUGUGUUUUGGAAGGAGGCUUCUUGAGUUACUAUGAAAAUGAUAAAUCUACCACACCUAAUGGUACAGUUAAUAUCAGUGAGGUGAUCUGCCUGGCUAUACACAAAGAAGACUUCUAUUUAAAUACUGGGCCUGUCUUUAUUUUUGAGAUCUACCUACCCUCUGAGCGUGUGUUUUUAUUUGGAGCUGAAACAUCUCAAGCUCAAAGAAGGUGGACAGAGGCAAUAUCCAAGCAUUUUGUUCCCUUUGUUGCUGAAAACUUAACAGAAACUGACUACGACUUGAUUGGCCAACUCUUCUACAAAGACUGCCAUGCACUGGAUCAGUGGAGAAAAGGCUGGUUUGCUAUGGACAAAUGCAAUUUGCAUUUUUGCCUUCAGAAUCCGGAAGUUCAGGAAGACAGGAUGCACUUAAGAAGACUUCAAGAGUUAACAAUCAGCACAAUGGUUCAAAAUGGAGAUAAAUUGGAUGUCUUACUCUUGGUGGAAAAAGGCCGUACAUUAUACAUCCAUGGGCACACCAAGUUGGAUUUCACAGUCUGGCAUACAGCAAUUGAAAAAGCAGCAGGUACAGAUGGUAAUGCAUUACAAGAUCAGCAGCUCAGCAAAAAUGACGUACCCAUUAUCGUGAACAGCUGUAUAGCAUUUGUUACACAGUAUGGCUUGGGAUGCAAGUACAUCUAUCAAAAGAAUGGUGAUCCUUCGCACAUAAGCGAACUCCUGGAAAGUUUCAAAAAGGAUGCAAGAAGCGUUAAAUUGAGGGCUGGAAAGCAUCGGCUUGAAGACGUGACGGGUGUGUUGAAGCGCUUCCUCUGUGACAUUGAUGAUGCACUGCUGGCCAAGGAGCUCUACCCUUACUGGAUCUCUGCUUUAGAUGCACAGGAUGACAAGGAAAGAAUAAAGAAGUAUGGGGCAUUUAUACGCACUCUCCCUGGGGUCAACCGGGCAACGUUGGCAGCUCUCGUUGAACACCUUUACAGGGUUCAGAAGUGCUCAGAAAUCAAUCACAUGAAUGCCCAUAAUCUGGCCUUAGUCUUUUCAUCAUGUUUGUUUCAAACAAAGGGACAAACGAGUGAAGAAGUGAGUGUAAUUGAGGACCUGAUUAAUAACUAUGUUGAAAUAUUUGAGGUUAAAGAAGAUCAAGUCAAACAAAUGGACAUAGAGAAUAGCUUUAUUACCAAGUGGAAAGACACUCAAGUUUCCCAGGCUGGAGAUUUGCUCAUUGAAGUGUAUGUAGAAAGGAAGGAACCUGACUGUAGCAUUAUCAUCCGGAUAUCUCCUGUAAUGGAAGCGGAAGAAUUAACUAAUGACAUAUUAGCAAUAAAAAAUAUCAUUCCGGUUAAAGGUGAUGUUUGGGCCACAUUUGAAGUUAUUGAAAAUGAAGAACUAGAACGUCCUCUUCACUACAGAGAAAAUGUGUUGGAGCAGGUGCUUCAGUGGAGCUCCUUAGCUGAGCCUGGCUCUGCCUAUCUUGUGGUGAAGAGAUUCUUAACUGUCGACACAAUUAAACACUCCAGAGAGAGGAGUGCUUGUGAAAGUGUCAAGGAAGGAGUCUUGAAGAUCAAAGAAGAACCAUCCAAGAUACUGUCUGGAAACAAGUUUCAAGACCGGUAUUUUGUUCUGCGUGAUGGGUGUCUGUUUCUGUACAAGGACCCAAAGAGUAGUAAACAUGAAAAAGUGUUUACUCUCAGUUCCAUGAAGUUUUAUCUUGGCGUAAAAAAGAAAAUGAAGCCUCCAACAAGUUGGGGCUUAACUGCAUAUUCAGACAAGCAUCACUGGCACCUGUGUUGUGAUAAUUCACAAACCCAGAUGGAGUGGAUGGCCAGUAUCUUUCUUGUACAGCAUGAAAAUGAUAUAUGGCCACCAGCUGGGAAGGAGCGAAAACGUUCAAUAACUAAAAAUCCCAAAAUCGGUGGUUUGCCACUAAUUCCCAUCCAGCAAGAGAAAAAUAUAAUCCAGGCCCAGAGAAAUAUUGAGAAUGCAAGAGCAGAAAUGGAAAGGCUGUGGCUCAGUGAGAGGCGUGAUAAAGAGUCCAUGGACUCCAGUUUAAGGGAUCGAGCCUCCAUGGUGGCCCACUGCCUGGAGCACAAAGACGACAAGCUCCGAAGUCGCACUAAGAAACAUCGGAGCCUCAACUGCCUGGAGGACACGGAGAUAGAGGUCCCUGGGCAGCAAAAGGGCCAUAAAGGCAUGAAGAUGCUCAAGAAGACCGAGGAGAGAAACAGCAAGGUUCCUGUGGACUCAGAUCAUAAGUUACCUUCCAGAGUGAUCGAAGAGCUCAGUGUGGUCCUGCAGCGGUCUAGAACCCUUCCAAAAGACAUACAGGAUGAACAGAUGAUACAGAAAGAAGUCAAAUGAAUUGCCACACAAAUUAUUUUUUUAAAAUGUUGUGUACAGUGUUUGUGUGUAAACCAGAAGCCAAGCUAUGAUCGGUGACAGUUUGUCUAUUGGCAAAUGUGGCUAUCUGAUACUUCAGACAUUUGUCAGCCUGUCCUAGGGAAAAUUUGUGCAUACUUAAACAUUUAAAAGAACAUUUUAAACUAUGUAUAUAUGUGAGUAAGUGCAAGAUUAACUUUAUUUUGUUCUGAACAAAGCUUGUAAAGUUCAGCUUUAUUAACCUUGAACAAGGAUGUGUUGGAUUACUUUAAAUAGCCAACCCUUUUAAAGUAGUUGUCUGUUAAGUACUAUAAUUUAUGAACAAAAAUCUCAAGCUGUACUGUAUUGUAUAAAAUGCUGUGUUCAAAUGAAGCUAAUGAAACUGCCUGUAACAUAUGUUGCACUUUGAGAAACCUUGUAUAGUUAGUUACCAUGAUGUUUUUAGGUUUACAUAGGGUAUAUCUUAGGGAAGAGAAAGGGAAGCCAUUUGAGAAGAGCAAGAAAUUAUUCAGGCAGUUACCCUAGCAAAUGAUACAAGCAUUUCAACUUGGCAAGGAGUCAGCAAACCACAGAAGCAAACUAAGAUUUAUCCCUGUUCACUAG